AGUAUUUUUAGUGUUUGAUUAUAUAAUGUCAGCUCAGCGUGUAGCUAUUGUAACUGGUUCCAACAAAGGUAUUGGAUUUGCAAUUGUGCGUGCGCUAUGUAAGAAAUUUGAAGGUGAUGUGUUUUUAACAGCUCGGGAUGAGGGACGUGGAAAUACCGCUGUUAAUGCUCUGGAAAAAGAAGGUCUGCAUCCUAAAUUCCAUAGUUUGGACGUAACUGAUCAAAAGAGCGUUGCGACUCUCGUGGAAUUUAUACGCAAGGAGUAUGGUGGUGUGGAUGUAUUGGUCCAUAAUGCUGCGAUAGCGUUUAAAAGCGCUGACCCUGCGCCCUUUGCUGAACAAGCCAGAGUUACAGUUCCAAGUAACUUCACAGCUACUAUUAAGCUAUGUGAAAGUUUUUUGCCAUUAAUGAGAGAUGAAGGGAGGAUUGCUAUUGUAUCGUCAAUGAGUUCGACAAUGUCAUUGAAAAAGUGCAGCAAAGAAAACCAGGCAAUCUUCAAAUCCCCAGAUUUAACUGUUGAAAAGCUUGUUCAGAAGUUGGAUGAGUUUGUUGAAGCUGCACAAACUGGAGCUCAUAUAGAAAAGGGCUUUCCAGGUAGUGCUUAUGGGAUGUCUAAGCUAGGCGUUACAGCGUACACUCGUAUUUUAGCAAAAAAAGUCCAAGAGAUGGGUAAAAGCAACAUACUUGUGAACUGCUGUUGUCCUGGAUAUGUGAUCACAGACAUGACAAGCCAUAAAGGCACCAAAACUCCAGACGAAGGCGCUGAAACUCCAGUCCACAUCGCACUUCUGCCUAAAGGUUCAAAGCCAACAGGCGAAUUCUUCUCAGACAAACAAGUUCGCAAGUGGUACUCGUAAAGAAUUUGUAGCAUAUGUUAGCUUCAAGAUACUU